AUGUGGGUUGUUAUGGGGAGGACGGGGAAAACGGUGGCCAAGCUGCUAAACUUAGCUGCUCUCAGCCUUUCUGUUUGCGUAUCUUCCAGGGAACUGUUUUCGCCAUCUCAGAAAUACCAGCUCCUUGUAUACCAUGCAGACUCUCUCUUCCAUGAUAAAGAGUAUAGGAAUGCUGUAAGUAAGUACACAAUGGCCUUGCAGCAGAAAAAAGCUUUAAGUAAAACAUCAAAAGUAAGACCUUCUACUGGGAAUGCGGCAUCAACUCCCCAAAGCCAGUGUUUACCAUCAGAAAUUGAAGUGAAAUAUAAAAUGGCUGAGUGCUACACAAUGCUGAAGCAAGAUAAAGAUGCCAUUGCUAUUCUUGAUGGGAUCCCUUCCAGACAGAGGACCCCAAAGAUCAAUAUGAUGUUGGCAAACCUGUACAAGAAAGCGGGUCAAGAACGCUCGUCCGUUACAAGCUACAAAGAAGUGCUGAGACAGUGCCCUUUAGCCCUUGAUGCCAUCCUGGGCCUGCUCUCGCUCUCAGUGAAAGGCGCCGAAGUGGCCUCCAUGACAAUCAACGUAAUUCAGAGUAUUCCCAACCUGGAUUGGCUUUCAGUGUGGAUCAAGGCAUAUGCUUUUGUGCAUACUGGAGAUAACACAAGGGCAAUAAAUACCAUUUGCUCUUUAGAGAAAAAGUCACUGCUGAGAGAUAAUGUAGACUUACUGGGGAGCUUAGCAGACCUGUAUUUCAGAGCUGGAGAUAAUAAAAACUCUAUUCUAAAAUUUGAACAAGCACAAAUGCUGGAUCCUUACUUAAUAAAAGGAAUGGAUGUAUAUGGUUAUUUAUUGGCACGUGAAGGCCGACUGGAGGAUGUGGAGAACUUGGGCUGCCGUCUCUUCAAUAUUUCUGACCAGCAUGCGGAACCCUGGGUGGUGUCUGGGUGUCACAGUUUCUACGGUAAACGCUACUCUCGUGCCUUAUACUUAGGAGCCAAAGCUAUCCAGCUUAACAGUAACAGUGUUCAAGCUCUGCUGCUGAAAGGAGCUGCUCUCAGGAACAUGGGCCGAGUGCAGGAAGCAAUUAUACACUUCCGUGAGGCGAUACGCCUUGCACCCUGCAGGCUGGAUUGCUAUGAGGGUCUCAUCGAAUGUUACCUGGCAUCCAACAGUAUCCGUGAAGCUAUGGUUAUGGCAAAUAAUGUGUAUAAAACCUUGGGGGCAAAUGCACAGACACUCACUCUGUUAGCAACAGUCUGUCUGGAAGACCCUGUCACCCAGGAAAAAGCAAAAACGUUGUUGGACAAAGCGCUAACGCAAAGACCUGAUUACACUAAAGCUGUGGUGAAGAAAGCAGAGCUUCUUAGUAGAGAACAGAAGUAUGAAGAUGGAAUUGCUCUGCUGAGGAAUGCGCUGGCUAAUCAGAGUGACUGUGUUCUGCACCGAAUACUGGGAGACUUCCUCGUCGCUGUCAAUGAGUAUCAGGAAGCGAUGGACCAGUACAGCAUAGCCCUGAGUUUGGAUCCCAACGAUCAGAAGUCACUAGAAGGAAUGCAGAAAAUGGAAAAGGAGGAGAGUCCAACAGACGCGACGCAGGAGGAAGAUGUGGAUGAUAUGGAGGGCAGCGGAGAGGAGGGGGACUUGGAAGGCAGCGACAGUGAAGCAGCACAGUGGGCAGAUCAGGAGCAGUGGUUUGGCAUGCAGUAGUGGCUGCUCAUCCCACUGCUUGUUCUGGCACUAGGGCCAUUCUUUGGAGAACAUAAACUAUGAUUUUUGCAGUAGCAAAGGACUUUUUUUUU